ACGAUACCAAGCCUCCAUUCUUAGUCAUGGGAUAUUUACCCGAAUGGAAACAUUAUAUUUAUAUAUAAAAUAAACCUACUUAAAUCACAACCAAAGUAUCCCAUGAUUAUCAAACGAUCAGAUAUGGCUUCAUCUCCCUUCAACAGUUCAUCCAUCGUCCUCCUCCUAAGCUUGCUGCUUCACAUUUCUUACAGAGCCGAAGCUCAAGACGAACCCACCUAUCUGUCCCAUUUUUGCUCAAACAACACCGUUUUUUCCCCCAACAGCACCUACCAAAGGAACCUCGACACUGUGCUCACUACUCUGUCCUCCACUAACACCUCCAACUACGUCUCUGGCUUCGCCAACUCCACUGCCGGGCAGGGCCCACCAGACCAAGUGUAUGGGCUCUUCCUUUGCCGCGGAGAUCAGAGCUCAAGCUCUUGCCAAGACUGCAUCACCAAAGCGAGUCAGCAGAUUCUCCAGAAAUGCCCCCAGGAGAAAGUCUCCGUCAUAUGGUUCGACGUGUGCAUGUUGACUUACUCCAACCAAUCGAUCUUCUCCACUGUGAGGGAAGCACCAGGAAUCUCGAUGUUUAACACUGUGAACAUCUCGGACCCGUCCAGCUUCAACCAGCUGCUGGGGGAGACGCUGACAGCCUUACUCCCUAAGGCUGCCAGUGGCCAACUGGCGGGUAAGAAAUUCGGGGUGGACAAGACCAACUUCACGGCAUCGCAGACACUGUACAUGCUUGCACAGUGCACGCCAGACUUGACGGCUGCCGAAUGCAAUAGGUGCCUCCAAGUGGCAGUCGGACGACUUCUUCUAGGAAGGCAAGGGGCAAGAUACCUUCUCCCAAGCUGCAAUGUACGGUACGAGACCUACUUGUUCUACAAUGAAACCGCUAUUGCACUGCUGUCGCCAUCCCCAGCCCCCGCAGUGCCAAGGCCGCAAGGCAAAAGAAAAAUCUCAACAGGUGUAAUCUUUGCCAUCGUUGUUCCCAUCUUUGUGACAGUGGUCGUUUUCCUCAUCCUCUGUUGCUUCCUGCAGAAAAGAACAAUGCAAAGACAUGAAGUCCCACAGUACACAAGCGUCGGAGAUGAUAUCACAACUACCGAAUCUCUGCAAUUUGAUUUUGCUGCAAUACAAGCUGCCACGAACAAUUUCUCUGCUGAUAACAAAUUAGGUGAAGGCGGGUUUGGCGAGGUCUACAUGGGAAGGCUUGUUAAUGGACAAGAUGUGGCAGUGAAGAGAUUGUCUAGGAGCUCAGGUCAAGGUGCUGAAGAAUUUAAAAACGAGGUCGUGGUGGUGGCGAAGUUGCAACAUAGAAAUCUCGUGCGGCUACUCGGGUUUUGCUUGGAAGAAGAAGAGAAAAUACUCAUCUAUGAAUAUGUGCCCAACAAGAGCCUUGACUAUUUUUUAUUCGAUCCAGAAAAGCGUGCACUCUUGGACUGGUCGAGAAGAUACAAGAUAAUAUCAGGAAUAGCUCGAGGGAUGCUUUAUCUUCAUGAAGAUUCUCGGCUCCGAAUAAUUCAUCGUGACCUCAAGACUAGCAAUGUUCUCUUAGAUGUAGAUAUGAACCCCAAGAUUUCAGAUUUUGGAAUGGCUAGGAUCUUUGGGGUCGACCAAACCCAAGGAACCACCAAUAGAGUUGUUGGGACAUAUGGUUACAUGUCUCCGGAGUAUGCAAUGCACGGGCAGUUCUCGGCGAAAUCCGAUGUAUAUAGUUUUGGUGUCUUGGUUCUAGAGAUUAUAUCGGGCGAAAAGAACAGUUCUUUCUAUCAGUCAGGCCAUGCCGAGGAUCUUCCAAGCUAUGCCUGGAAACAAUGGAGGAAGGGAACACCUGGGGAAGUGCUGGAUCCAAUUCUAAGGGACUCGUGCUCAAGAAAUGAAGUUACUAGAUGCAUCCACAUGAGCUUGUUGUGCCUUCAGGAGGACCCCGCUGAUAGGCCCACAAUGGCCACGAUAGCUCUCAUGCUUAAUAGCUACUCCAUUACAUUAGCAGACCCUCAACAACCCGCAUUCUUCCUCCACAGCAGGACUGGUCAGCUGUACUCAGAGUCAGGUAACUCUGGAUUUGGUAAAUCCACAAGCAAGUCGUUGCCGAUGUCUGUGAACGAAAUGUCAAUAACCGAAGUAGAACCUCGCUAGCACGGAGAUAGCGAACGAGCAAAGAGUUUUUUGAAGAUCACUUGUUCCAAUGUCCAAUGAGGAAGAAGAGAGUUUGAAAAGUGAACUAGCCAAGACUACCUCUGUAUCCUGCUUCUGCAAUUUCCAAUGACGGCCAACUGUGACUCAGUUCUGCCCAACAUCCGUUCCAUAAUGACUUUCUACGUUACAGCAGUAGAGAUGCUUUCUUAGUAUGUUGUACGUCUUCCUAAUAGUCAGUUAUAGAAACCGGAAUAGCUUCUAUGAAUGUAAAGCUGCUGAAACCGGGGGUGAUCAAUAAGACAUACUGUUUUAAGGCAUGCCAUAAGUAGUGUUGGGGAUGCUCUGCUAAUGCGAGGUCAUUUUCUUUUUUUCUUUUCUAAGUUGGUCCAUAGAAAACUUCAUGCAACGCACCCGAAUCCUAUAAUAUAAGUUGUAUAUUUGUAUUUUUAUUAUUUUUUAUCAGUAGAGGCUAAUAAUAUCUAUUCAAGAAGCACCAAGAAGGUGCAAACACAUAU